AUGACGGAUUUCAAACUGAAGAGAGCUAAGUUCGCGAGAACAUCGUGUAUAGGUGAAUUAGCUUCACUAUUGGAUUUGGCCAAUAAAGCAACAACAGAUUCUAAUCUCAGAACCUCAUUUAGAAUUCGUUUUACCGAGAUAGAUGAUGUUCGCGAAGAGUUUAAUAAACAACACCAAACUGUAACUUCAAUCUUGUUACAAGGUGAAGAUACUGAUCUCGAUUCAGAAGAAGCAAUAAAACGUGAAUUUCAAAAUGAUUAUUUUUCUGUCAAAACUAUUUAUACUCAAUUAUUUGAUCCAAAUGAAAAAUCUUUGAAUGAAUCGACGCAAUCUGUUUUGACACGCAAGCAGAGUCUUGCUUCUUGCUUUCCUCAUUCCUUAACUCCUAACAUUCGACUUCCGCAAAUAGAAAUAAAAAAGUUCAGAGGAGAUUAUACGCAAUUUGCUACAUUUUUGGAUGUAUUUGACGCCCUUGUUCAUAACAAUCAAUCGCUCACUGAAAUUGAAAAGUUCAAUUAUUUGAUAUCCUCGUUAGAAGGACCGCCUCUAUCUUUAGUUCGCACAUUGCCGAUGACUUCUGAUAAUUAUCAGAUCGCUUAUGACUCGCUGGUCAAUAGAUUUUCCAAUGAAAGGUUGAGAGCCCAAGCUCAUUGGAACGCAAUAGAAAGCACAGGCAAAAUCAAUUGUAAUAAUCAAACCGCACUUCGCAAUUUACUAAGUACAUUCACUGAAAAUUUGGCCGCACUAAAAAACAUGAAUUUUCCUGUAGAAUCUUGGGACUUUAUCGUGUUUAUGCUCUUGAUAAAACGCUUGGAUAAUUCAACUAUCGCACGCUUCGAACUUGAAAAUGGUUCCUCUAUGAUUCCCGAAUUCAAGACUCUACUUGAAUUUCUCAAUAAAUAUUGUAUUGCAAUGGACACUCUGGGUACAUCCCAUAAUUCUAAUAAUACCAGAACGGGUGAUUCAAGUAGUUCUUCCAAUUCAAAACAACGCAUAGGAACCUAUUUCUCUAACGACAAUAAGAAUCAACGCUCAAAAUCCACUUGUACGCUUUGUAAUCAAGACCAUUCGCUUCUCUCAUGUUCAAAAUUUAUUGAAAAAACUCCCCAAGAACGUCAUUCAUUCGCCAAGCAGAAACAUCUAUGUUUCAAUUGUUUGAGUAACAUACAUGAUUUGCGAUCUUGCAAGUCUGUGAAUACGUGUCGAAAAUGUCAUCAACGACAUCACACCUUGUUGCACCUUGCACGGCCCUCCAGUGAAACUUCCGCUGGAUCAGAGGAACCUCCUUCUACCUCUUCUGAUUGGGCAGUUUUGUCAGCAUCCGCUGGUGUCUCUCAUAAAACACCUACAGUUCUAUUGUCCACCGCGUUAAUUGAAGUCAGAGAUAAUUUUGGAAUGUUUCAUCGUUUUCGUUGCUUGAUUGACAGUGGAUCCAUGUCUUCUUUCAUAACUCGAAAGGCUGCGAAUUUGUUAGGUUUACCCCGGCACAAACUUGAUGUUGAGGUAAAAGGUCUUAAUUCCAUGAAAAUGAACGCUUCUUAUGGUUCUUUAGUUUUAAUGUUUCGCCCAUAUAAAUUGAAUAGUCCUGUUUUGUUGACAGACGCAAUAAUUUUAGACAGAAUUUGUGAUGAGAUACCUUCUCAUCCGAUUCCUGUUUCCGCUUGGUCCCAUUUAGCGCACAUAAAAUUAGCCGACGAAUCCUUCCAUACCCCUGGUAAGAUUGAUAUUUUAUUAGGCGCAGAUGUUUUUUCGAAAAUCAUGUUGACUGAACAGAUAAUUGGAAAACCUGGUCAAAUUGACGCUAUGAACACCAUUUUCGGUUAUAUUUUAAUGGGGAAGUUCUAUUGUAAAUCAAAACCAUCUAUAUCAACAUUUUUAACUUCAUGUUCAGAUUUCUCCACAGAUAUUUCUCUGCAAAAAUUUUGGGAACUUGACUCCUUGCCUUCAGUAGAACCGAUAUCCCCUGAUAACAAACUAUGUGAUCAGAUAUUUUCCGAUCAACACUAUCGCGACAGCGAGGGUAGAUACGUCGUUUCGCUUCCAUUUCGCAGUUGUUUGCCGCAGUUUACUGGAAUGCGUGAACUGGCGCUGCAAAGGUUCUUUACUCUUGAACGAAGACUUUUGAAAACGCCCGAUUUGUAUAAAUUAUAUGUUGAGUUUAUGCGGGAUUAUCUUGAAUCCAAUCAUAUGGAGAUUAUUCCUUACGACUGCAUUAAUCGAAACUCAUAUUAUCUUCCUCAUCACUGCGUUGUAAAAGCUCAGAAUAGUCAGAGUAAAAUUCGUGUAGUAUUCAAUGCUUCCGCAAAAUCUCCUUGUUCUGAAGAAGGUUCACUAAAUGAUCAUCUUCUUACCGGGAAGAAACUUCAAAGGGAUAUAAUUUCGAUUUUACUUCGUUUUCGGUUGCAUGAAUAUACAGUAUGCGCCGAUAUCCGACAGAUGUAUCGCAUGAUUCGUAUAAGGCCAGACCAUGCAGAUUAUCAACGCAUUAUUUGGAGGUUUUCAGUCGAUGAGGCACCUCAAGACUAUAGGUUACUCACAGUAACGUAUGGUGUAAAUAGUGCCCCAUAUCUAGCAUUGCGCACCCUCAUUCAGUUAACUGAUGAUGAGGGUCCUAAAUUUCCUUUGGCUUCAAAGGCACUACUCGAAAAUACGUAUGUUGAUGAUAUCGUUGCUGGCAAUUCGUCGUUGGAAGGAGCCAAACUGUUGCUCCAGCAACUAGUUGAACUUUUGAAUAGGGGUAAUUUCGAACUUAGAAAAUUUUCUUCCAAUUGCCCUUCCGUUUUGGCAGGAAUACCGUCUUCACAUAUGUCAGCUGAUCCUCUGACAUUUGACCAGGAAGAUGAACACUUUUCUUUGAAGAUUUUGGGUUUGCAAUGGGAUCCAAAGGGAGAUUGUUUUCGCUUCAGCUUUGAACCCUUGAAUAAAUCUUCUACAAAGCGACACUUACUUUCCCAAAUAGCUCGCAUCUAUGAUCCCAUAGGUUUUUUAGCUCCAGUGACUUUUCUCCUGAAGCACCUCUUGCAAAGAGUCUGGUCGUCAGGUAUUGAUUGGGAUGAUGAACUUCCUCCAGAUAUCGCUAGAGUCUGGGAUGCAUUCAAAUCCCAAAUUCAGAUCCUAUCCUCGAUCACCAUUCCUCGCAAACUUCUCUCCCCGAAAGCCAAGUCUUACCAACUCGUAGGAUUUUGUGACGCCUCUGAGAGGGGUUACUGCGCCGUGGUUUAUAAUCGUAUGAUUGAUGACAACGAUCAACCAAAUAAUAAUUUUUUAUGCGCAAAAACUAAAGUUUCUCCUCUGAAACGAAUAACAAUUCCGCGUCUUGAAUUGUGCGGUGCUGUACUGCUAGCCAAGCUCCUCUCAUAUUGCCUUCACGUAUUUCGGGAUUCUAUAGAUUUUUGUAAAGUUUACGCUUUCACGGAUUCCCAAAUCACAUUAGAUUGGAUCAAGGGAUCACCACAUCGGUGGCCUACAUUUGUAGCCAACAGAGUAGCUCACAUCCAGGAGAAGGUACCUAGUGCUUCGUGGUAUCACAUUGACUCCAAAAAUAACCCCGCUGAUGCCGGGUCCAGAGGGUUAUUGCCUUCAGAAUUCGCCUAUCAGUCCAUUUGGUUUGAUGGACCUCAAUUAUUGCACACGCCUUCAAGCUCAUUUCCUGUUAAUAUCGAUAUUGAUGUGACCACUCAACAGAACGUUAAUAAUUUUUGCUCGAAACUUUCAGAUAAAUCUGCCCAGAAUAUUAUAAUUUCUUUACUCGAUAGUAUUUCUUCGUUGACCAGAAUUCAAAGAAUUCUCGCAUAUGUUCUUCGCUUCACGCAUAACGCUAAAAAAGAGAGUGAUAAACUGUCUGGAAAUCUCACACUCCUUGAGCUAAAUGAAUCAUUGUUUCAAUUAGUCAGAGUCACGCAACAACAUGCCUUUUCAACCGAAGUUAAAGGGAACACUUUUCCCAAACAUUGGCAAAAAUUGAAAAUUUUUCUUGAUGAACGAGGUAUAUUAAGAGUAGGAGGCAGGAUUGAUUCAUCCUCGUUAUCUUUCGAGUCAAAACACCCAAUGCUUUUACCUAAAAAGAGUCGUUUGACAGCACUUGUCGUUGAUAUGUACCAUAAAAAAUAUUUACAUGCAGGACUUCGCACUCUUAGAUUUCUGAUUGCUCAAAGAUUUUGGAUCAUCAGUGGUAGAAAGGCCAUUUCUUCGGUUUUGAAUAGGUGUUUAAAAUGUUUCAAAAUUCGGCCCAAGCCAUAUCAACCCCCUAUGGGUGCACUUCCAAAACCACGGAUUUCUGAAGUUAAACCUUUCAGUAAUUGUGGAGUAGAUUUCGCAGGUCCUUACUCUAUAACUAUAGGUCGACAUCGUGGUGUCAAAACGGUGAAGGCUUAUGUAUGUUUAUUUGUUUGUUUCGCUACAAAGGCCCUCCAUUUAGAAUUGGCAACCGAUUUGUCCACUGAGACAUUUCUAUCCGCUCUCCAAAGACUUAUUGCGCGACGAGGAAGAAUAAGUCAUUUAUAUUCUGACUGUGGUACGAAUUUUGUCGGUGCCAAUCGAGAAAUAAUCAAUUUGAUGAAAGAUUCUGCUGAAAAGGAGCACAUACAGUGGCAUUUCAACCCCCCUUCAGCUCCGCAUAUGGGUGGUUUAUGGGAAGCAGGUGUGAAAUCUGUGAAAACCCAUUUGAGCAGAGUUAUAGGAGCUCAAAUUCUCACAUAUGAGGAGUUUUAUACGGUUCUUUGUCUCAUCGAGGCUAUAUUGAACUCUCGCCCGCUAGAAGCAUUGUCUUCAGACCCAGAAGAUGUGUCCGCCCUUUCACCUGGUCAUUUCCUUACCCUUGAACCACUUAAUGCCCUUCCUUAUCCCGAUAUUACCCAACUUCCCUUGAACCGCCUUAGUCGUUGGCAAUGUCUCCAGCGAAUUCAACAAGAUUUUUGGAAACGUUGGCAACGUGAAUACCUGCACACUUUGCAGCAAUGUUCCAAAUGGUACACGCCGGACAAUAAUCCUCCUAAACUUGGAGAUUUAGUGCUCAUCAAAGAUGAGAGGCUUCCUCCUUGCCAAUGGGCACUUGGACGAAUUUCAUCUCUGUCCAAUGCAAUCGAUGGACGUUCCCGCAUCGCCACUGUUAAAACCCGAUCUGGUUUCUUGAAGAGACCGGUUGUUAAGCUUUUCCCUUUGCCUGUUGAAAUUUGA